AUGCUACACCGACCACCAUACCGUGAUACCUCGCUAGACCGACCUCCAUACCGUGAUACCUCGCUAGACCGACCGCCAUACUGUAAUACUUCACCAGACCGACCUCCUUACCGUGAUAUAUCCCUAGACCGACCACCAUACCGUGAUACCUCGAUAGACCGACCACCAUACCGUGAUACCUCGCUAGACCGACCUCCUUACCGUGAUAUAUCCCUAGACCGACCACCAUACCGUGAUACCUCGAUAGACCGACCACCAUACCGUGUUACCUCGCUAGACCGACCGCCAUACCGUGAUACCUCGCUACACCGACCACCAUAUCGUGAUACCUCGCUAGACCGACCUCCAUAUUGUGAUACCUCGCUACACCGACCACCAUACCAUGAUACCUCGCUAAACCGACCACCAUACCAUGAUACCUCGCUAGACCGACCACCAUACCGUGAUACCUCGCUAGACCGACCACCAUACCGUGAUACCUCGCUAGACCGACCACCAUACCGUGAUAACUACCCUAGACCGACCACCAUGCCGUGA